UACGCCAAGCGAGACGAUCUAGGGUUAGUCGUUUUAGUAGCUUAGUGGACUCGACACUGAAAACUAGUACAUUUUUUCAGCGCAUGCUACUAAGACAAGCGAAAUGACUGUGAUGGAGAGAAAGGACAAGGGAGAGAAGGAGCUCUCAGUAUCGUCCCUCGACGAAGCCAUGUUGGUCACUGGUUUUGGUGUUUACAACAUCAUUCACAUGCUUGUCAGUGGAUUAAUUCUGAUGGGAGUGAUUAUGCAGAGUCUGGUCAUGGGCUACGUUCUGCCAGCAGCGCAGUGCGAUUUGGGCCUGUCACUCCAACAACGAGGGUGGCUUGCUGCAAUACCUUUCCUUGCGAUCAUCCUAACGUCAUAUUUCUGGGGCUGGCUGGCGGACACGCGCGGCCGGCGGUUUGUGAUGCUGCUGUCUAUGAUGAUCUCCGCGGUCCUCUCGGUCUUCGCUAGUUUCUCACCCAACGUUACCUCCUUCGCUAUAUUAUCAUUCCUAUCAGCUAUUUUCAUGUCUGGUCCAUCGGCCGUGGUGUACACGUACCUGGGGGAGUUCACCAACAUGAACCACAGAGACAAAAUGGUGGCAUUUGGUUCUUCUUUCGUGGGCAUUGGAACUGUCAUGUUACCAGCUGUAUCCUGGGUAAUCUUGUCGUUGCCAUUCGAAACGCAUAUUGCCUUCCUGGACAUAUUAUACCGGCCGUGGCGACUGCUGCUGGUGGCCAGUACAUUCCCGUUCGUACUGGGAACUCUGUGCCUGCUGUUCUUCCCCGAGAGCCCCAAGUUUCUGAACGCGAGCGGGCAACAGGAAGCGUGUUUGAAGGUCCUGAGGAAUAUUUAUCACUUCAAUAAGAGACUGCCUAUUGACAGUUUUCCUGUGAAGAGCCUCAUCACGGACGCGAACUACAGCGGCAAGGCGACAACCCACCGCGGCAUGGUGGCGGUGCUGGUGUCGAUGCGCGACCAGACAGCGCCGCUGUUCCGGCCGCCGCUGCUGCCCUGGACCUGUCUCACCUGCUUCGUGCAGUUCGGGAUAUUCGCCACCACGAACGGGUUCUACGUGUGGUUCCCAACGAUACUGAACUCGCUGGUCAACCACAACGGAGCCGAGUCCAAGAUCUGUGACGUUUUGGAUGCAACUCAGUCUUCACCUGGGAACGGAACGACAGUGGAAUGCGACGACACGAUGAACACGGCGACGUUCGAGCUGUCCAUCUACGUGGGCCUCGUGUUCUGCUCCAUGUACAUCAUCGUGGGCUUCCUGGUGGACUUCCUGGGCAAGAAGCUGAUCCUGGUGGUGAUCCUGUUUACGACGGGUCUGUGCGGUGUGGCCGCCCACCUCGCGUACAACCAGCACCUGGCCGUGGUGCUGUUCGCCGUGUUCCAGAUGUGUGGCGCCUGCAUUGGACUCAUGAAUGCCGUCACUGUUGAACUAUUCCCCACUAAAUUCAGAGCGAUGGCGGUGUGCCUGGCGAUGAUGAUGGGCCGUGUGGGCUCGAUGGCGGGCUCCAACCUGAUCGGGGUGUUCCUCGCCACCAACUGCGGCCUCAGCUUCUAUCUGUUCGGUGGCAUCAUCAUUUUCUGUUCCCUGCUCUGCCUGACUCUACCCAGUAGGAAGAAGAUGGGCAGCAUCAGCAAACCCAAGAUGGAACCCACCGAGAAUGAAACCCACGAACCUGCUUGAAACUGUCUUAAGAAAUGUCACCCAAAAUCGUAUAUAAGUCACUCCGCCUGUAGAAGAGCUUCUUCGGGAGAGUGGAAUAUAAUAUAGACCCAAAGCAUGUUUAUAGUACCUGAAUGAUGUAAAUACCCACCUCACGAUUAGCCAUGAUGGAAAACCAUAAUUAAUACCAAUAUUGUGUAACUGCCACAAUUAUGUGCAAUCGACUUCCAUCAUGGGAUCAAAAUGAACACACAACACUACACAUUCGUUGCCAGCUGUAUAAUGUUAUUUUGUCUAUCAUGAGCUCACGUGGAAAGGACUGUAUUAUCAUUGUCUAUUUUGUAUAUAAUUAUAUUUUGUCAAAAAUAUUUUUAUGGUUUAGAGCAGCCUUUCCCAAAACGAAAACGCCCCUUUGUGGGCGCUGAAUGUCUGAAGGAUGUGGGACCCAGAAAAAAAAUGGGGACGUUGUGUAGCGGCUUGGG